CUCGUUCUGUAUACCUGCGAGGGUCGAGAUCUCGUUAUUCCACUGGUAUGUGGUGGCCGGAUUACUCAUUGUGUUGAAAACUCUUUCCAUGGUUUAUAAAGAGUCAAUGAGGUUCUAACUCUCCUUUAUAAAGAAACAGUUCCCGUCCCGCCGCAUCCUCAACAACCCCAACAACCUCGUUCUCGCUUACGCCGUUUUGUCGGAUUCACUUCCAUCGCAUUUUUCGCUUUUACUGCCGGCUUGUUUUACCAGACUAUACAAACCACUUCUCGAAUCAUGGCCGCCCCUAUGCCUUCGGAUGAGGAGACUCUCACCAGCUUCACCCCUCCCGAUGCUCUCUCGCAGGAGAUUGAAGAUUUCAUCCACAACCACCCCCUUUCCGUCUCUCUGCGCGAGAACCCUGAGUUUACAGAAUCGCGCCCGCAUUUGAAGAUUCCCGAAUACAUGCGCGCGCGCAACCUCACUGCCGGGACCCUCGCGGGACCGAACAAGAUCGUUGUGCCGCCGGUUGUCUUCAGCGAAGAAGGUGGUAAGAGCAUGAUUUCGCUCCUCUAUCUCGGUUCCGAUCUCUCAGGACACCCCGGUAUUGUCCACGGUGGUCUCUUAGCGACUUUGUUGGAUGAAGGUCUUGCGCGGUGCUGUUUCCCCGCACUCCCGAACAAGGUUGGCGUGACCGCGAACCUGAACAUUGAUUAUCGACUACCCGCAAUGGCCGAUUCCUACGUUAUCAUGAAGGCGGAGACGGUCAAAGUGGAAGGUCGUAAAGCCUGGGUGGAGGGCCGCCUUGAGACCCUGCCCAAGGAUGGACAGGAGCCGGCGGUUUUGGUGGAGGCCAAGGCGCUCUUCAUUGAGCCCAGGCAAGCUGCUGUAUGUUAUUCUCAAGUUUCGUGUGCAAAAAAUUCCCACUGACUCUAUUUUGCAGGCCAUGUCCAGUCUCUACAAGGUGACAUAGAGCCAUUCAUCUUUGUCG